GAUUGUUUAAAAUGGAGAGUUUGUCAGGGUGGGACCUAAUCCUAAGUUUGCUCCUGUGGCUGGAUAUCACUGGUUUGAUGGAGAUGGAAUGAUCCAUGGCUUGCGUAUCAAAGAUGGAAAAGCGACAUAUGUUUCCCGAUUUGUGAAAACAUCUCGUCUUAAGCAAGAAGAAUAUUUUGGAGGUUCUAAGUUUAUGAAGAUUGGAGAUCUUAAAGGUUUUUUUGGACUUAUAAUGGUUAACAUGCAAAUGCUAAGAGCUAAAUUGAAAGUACUAGAUAUGUCUUAUGGACAUGGAACAGCUAACACAGCUCUUGUAUAUCACCAUGGAAAGCUUCUAGCACUCUCUGAAGGAGAUAAACCUUAUGCCGUUAAAGUUUUUGAAGAUGGGGAUUUGCAAACUCUUGGCCUACUGGACUAUGACAAGAGAUUGAACCAUUCCUUCACUGCUCAUCCAAAAGUUGACCCGUUUACUGGUGAGAUGUUCACAUUUGGCUAUUCACAUACGCCACCAUAUAUAACUUACAGAGUAAUCUCAAAGGACGGAUAUAUGCAUGAUCCUGUACCUAUAACAAUAUCAGAGCCCAUCAUGAUGCAUGAUUUCGCCAUCACAGAGAAUUAUGCAAUAUUCAUGGAUCUUCCUUUGUAUUUUAGACCAAAGGAAAUGGUGAAGGAGAAAAAAAUGAUAUUCUCGUUUGAUUCAACCAAAAAAGCUCGUUUUGGGGUACUGCCUCGAUAUGCCAAGAAUGAGAUGCAAAUUAGAUGGUUUGAGCUUCCAAACUGCUUCAUAUUUCACAAUGCUAAUGCUUGGGAGGAGGAGGAGGAUGUCGUUUUGAUUACCUGCCGUCUUGAGAAUCCAGAUCUGGACAUGGUCGGGGGUGCUGUCAAGGAAAAGCUUGAUAAUUUUGUAAAUGAGCUGUAUGAAAUGAGAUUCAACAUGAAAACUGGUCUAGCUUCACAGAGGAAACUAUCAGCAUCUGCUGUAGAUUUUCCUAGAGUAAACGAGAGCUAUACUGGCAGGAGGCAGCGAUACGUUUAUGGAACCAUAUUAGACAGCAUUGCCAAAAUCACAGGUAUUAUCAAAUUUGAUCUGCACGCUGAACCAGAUUCUGGGAAAACAAAGCUUGAAGUUGGAGGAAACAUUCUGGGUAUCUAUGACUUGGGGCCAGGGAGAUUUGGUUCUGAGGCUAUUUAUGUCCCUCGCGUGCCUGGCACUGAUUCGGAGGAAGAUGAUGGAUACUUGAUAUUUUUCGUGCACGACGAGAAUACGGGAAAAUCAGCAGCGCACGUCAUCGAUGCAAAGACAAUGUCAGCUGAUCCUGUUGCAGUUGUUGAAUUGCCACACAGAGUUCCAUAUGGUUUCCAUGCCUUCUUUGUGACAGAGGAACAACUGCAAGCACAGGCCAAACUCUGAGAGUCUUAACUCGUAACAGAAGAUAAUGCAUCCCCUGCUGCCUCUGUACUCUUUUACACAUCAUUCUCAUUCACUUGUUUGUUUUAUACAUGCAUACAUGCAUAUAUAUAUAUAUAUAUAUAUAUAUAUAUAUUCAGAGGACA